UUGUGGGGUGAUGUAUAUUGAUUCUGGGGAAUUUUACUGUACUGAAUAUAAAUUUUUAAAUUCUUCUAACAUUUUUUCAUCUGCCCCUCAAUUUUGCCACGGAGUUAGUUUCUUAAGCCAAUUAUGUCAUAAAAGAAACUUUUCAGGUAUAAUUUGGUGUGAACUAAACUUAAAAUGUAAUAUUAAAUAUAAAAAUAGAGUAUUCCUUAAGAAUUAAACUUUUGGCUGCUGGGAGUUGCUUGGAGGUUGGCGGCGCGGGGCUGAAGGCUACCAGACGAACGAUCAUGUCGCACACACAAAUUUACUAUUCGGACAAAUACAACAACGAGGAGUUUGAGUAUCAGCAUGUCAUGCUGCCCAAGGACAUAGCCAAGCUGGUCCCUAAAACCCAUCUGAUGUCUGAAUCUGAAUGGAGGAAUCUUGGCAUUCAACAGAGUCAGGGUUGGGUCCAUUAUAUGAUCCAUGAACCAGAACCUCACAUCCUACUGUUCCAGCGCCCACUACCCAAGAAGCCGAAGAAAUGAAGCUGGCAAGCCACUUUUCAGCUUCGAGCUUUACACAGCUGUCCUUACUUCCUGACAUCUUUCUGAUGACAUUAUUGUGUUGCCUUCUUGUUUCUCACUUUGAUAUUUAAAAGAUUCAAUACAAUGUUUGAAUGUGCUGGUAACUGCUUUGCUUCCUGAGUAGAGCCACCACCACCAUAGCCCAGCCUGAGGAGUGCUCUGUGGACCCACAGCCUCAGCUGAGUGUGACCCCAGAAGCCACAGUGUGCUGUGUAUCCAGAACACACUUGGCAGAUGGAAGCAUCUGAGAUUAAGACCAUGGCUGUUACAGGGAUCGUGUAAACUUGUUUUUGUUUUUUUCUGCCGGUGUUGUAUGUAUGGUGACUUGUGGAUUUAUGUUUCAGUAUACUGGAAACUUUCCAUUUUAUUCAAGAAAUCUGUUCAUGUUAUAAACCUUGAUUAAAAAGGAAGUUUUUAUAAU